UUGUGCGGCGAUGGGGGGGAGGCGGAGCGGGGCUGCGGCGCUGUGCGCCUGGGCUCUGGCGCUGCUGGCCGCGGGGCCGGGGCGCUGCUGGGGCAGCUGUCCCGAGAGGGAACUGGAGAGGCGAGAGGAGGAGGCGAACGUGGUGCUGACGGGCACGGUGGAGGAGAUCAUGAACAUGGACCCGGUUCAUCACACCUACUCCUGCAAGGUGAGAGUCUGGCGGUACCUCAAAGGCAAAGACUUCGUGACACACGAAAUCCUCUUGGACGGUGGGAACAAAGUGGUAAUCAGCGGCUUCGGGGACCCUUUAAUUUGUGACAACCAGGUAUCGACUGGGGACACCCGCAUUUUCUUCGUCAACCCUGCCCCCCACUACAUGUGGCCCGAACACAAGAACGAGUUGAUGCUGAACUCCAGCCUGAUGCGGAUUACCCUGCGCAACCUGGAGGAGGUGGAGCACUGUGUGGAAGACAAGCCCGGGAACUACUUCCCCUCGCCGCUGCCCAUGCCGCAGGAUGUGUGCCGAGGAAUGCUGUGCGGCUUCGGGGCCGUAUGUGAGCGGAGCGCUACCAAUGCCUCCCAGGCCGCCUGCGUCUGCAAGAAGAUGACCUGCCCAUCCGUGGUUGCCCCUGUCUGUGGCUCAGACUAUUCCACCUACAGCAACGAGUGUGAGCUGGAGAAAGCCCAGUGCAAUCAGCAGAGGCGGAUCAAAGUCAUCAGCAAGGGGGCAUGCGGUUCCAAGGACCCCUGCGCAGAGGUGACCUGCAGUUUCGGCAGCACCUGCGCCCGCUCCACGGACGGCCAGUCGGCCAAGUGCAUCUGCCCGUCCUCCUGCAGCGGCGUGGCCGAGAGCACGGUGUGCGGCAGCGAUGGCAAGGACUACCGCAGCGAGUGCCACCUCCACAAGCACGCCUGUGACAAGCAGGAGAACAUCUUCAAGAAGGUGGACGGGCCCUGCGACCCUUGCAAGGGCUCUCUCAACGACCUGCACCGGGUGUGCCGGGUCAACCCCCGCACCCGCCGAGCGGACCUGCUCUCCCGGCCCGAAAACUGCCCUCCCAAGCGGGAGCCGGUGUGUGGCGACGACGGGGCGACCUACGACAACGAGUGCGUCAUGGGGCGCUCGGGCGCCAUCCGGGGGCUGGAGAUCCAGAAGGUGCGCUCGGGGCACUGCCAGCCGCAGGACAAGUGCAGGGAGGAGUGCAAGUUCAACGCCGUGUGCCUCAACCGCCGCGGCUCCCCCCGCUGCUCCUGCGACCGCAUCGCCUGCGACGGCGCCUACCGGCCCCUCUGCGGCAGGGGCCGCCGCCGCCGAGUGCCAGCAGAGAGCCGCCAUCCCCGUGAAGCACGAGGGCCCUUGUGGUAA